AGCGUUGUGCAUUUCCCUAUUCAUCUCUGCUCUGACGUAGCUUUGUGCAUCUCCUACUCAUCUGUGACAAAACAAUACAGAAGAAAAGUCAACAGAUUGGUUAACCUACUAAAUUGUUAAUAAAAUAUCUGUCAAUAUAUUCUAAAAGAAUAGCAGACCAUAUCUUCAUAUAUAGAUCAUUCAAAUACUUUUUAUCAUAGUAGUUUCAACGCAUAAAUUGAAUUAUAUUUCCUUUAGAAGUAGACGAGCUUUGUAUAUAAGGCUGUUAAUUUGGUACAUUUUAUUGGGAAUUUGUUAGAGGAGCUCACGCUCCAAAACAACAAACAUUACGAGCGAACAGAAACGUCGUACUAUUCUUAAUCCUAAGGAAGAACCUAGUACACACGCUAGCAAAAUGCCAGCUGUAAUAGUUGGGCCUCCACAACGUAGUGAGCAAAUGUGGCAGGCCCUUAAAACACAUAUAACAAGAGAACGUCAGCGAAAGAAACAAGAACAAGAAGCAGAUGCUGAAGAAGAACGCCAACGUAAAGAAAGAGAAAGGCAACAAAAGCAAGAUGUAAUGACUCUAGGAGAAACUCGGGAACAAAUUUCUAAUUUGGAAAAUGAAUUAUCACAGUUGAAAGAUGAGAAACAUCAAUUAUUUUUACAACUCAAAAAAGUCCUUAAUGAAGAUGACAAUAGAAGACGCCAGAUUAAAGAAUCAAGUGUUUGCCCAGAUGUGUUAUCAGCUGUUGGAGGAUAUCCUGGUACUUGUGCAAAUGUUGUACAUCCACAGUUGUUUCUGCCUUUGCCAACACGUAGUCCCCUUUAUAAGGUGGCUGCUGCUACACCAACGCACACCUUACUCCCUAGUGGUCCAUUGAAGAGGACACAUAGUCCAUCACCUCCACCAACAGCUUCACCAUAUCAUGCAGGGUAUGGUUACAAACCUCCGCCAUCCAUCCCAAGUUAUAAUCCACCUCCAGCAAAAUCGGAGGAGGCUGCCAGGAGGUCUGGCGAUUCCCGAGCCGUCCUCUGGAAUAAAAACAAUCAGUAUCCAGAUUCCCGUUUCUACUCAGCACCUGCCGGUCCAAGCGUCUACAGAUAUACCGUACCUACGUCCCAGCCAUCAAGAGAACCUGAGCCUGGUAAACCAGUAUAUUUAUCGGGUAACAGGACUACGUUAUCAACUCAUCAAACCGCAUAUGUUACCAGUCUGCAUCCUUUGGAACAGAAAGGUGCUUAUGCAGAAGAUAAAUUUUAUUUGCGCCCGAGUAGCCACGUUACUGUUCAUGGUGGUGCAAUCCCUAUUCAACAGCCUCCUCAGGGCGCAAAGACUGGCGGUAUUACUUCUGGAUAUCCCGUGAGAGCUCCUCAGCCACCACCUGGACCAUACCCGCCGCAGGCUCCAGGAACAUACGUCGGCGCUGCUAGUGGUAAUGUCCCAGGUCAGUUAUUAUACACACAACCUGGUGCACGGUAUCUUCAGCGCGAGGUCUAACGUAUUUUAAGUGGAUGUGGUUAUUGCAAUUGUAUGCGAUGCUAAAGUUCAGUACGUUUAAAGACUGGUGUUUUAUGUAUCUUAUAUACUAUAUUCAAAUUAACGGUGGAAAUAGUAUAUUAUAUUAACUGUAUAUAUAAAUAUAUAUAGCAUAUCUUGUUAAAAAUAAUGCUAAUUGAUUAUAACUUCAAAUGAAACAUUAUAGUAAUUUCGUAUCUCAAAUUUAACAACAGUUCAGCAAUUGCAAAAUAAGAUGUAUUAGUAUUGAAAACAAUAGUGCACUUAUCAUAAUAAAAAAAAUUUAAUUUUUUGUUAAACUUCGUAACAGGCAUGGCUGAAAAAUAGUUCCACAUGUACACAAAUCUGCUUGUAACAUUUUAUUACAUCAUUCAAGAAUUCAAAAAUCAAGUUACAUAUGUUUAGUUAACUAGUAUGAAACAAAACAAAUACAUAAUACUUUCAAUAUUGUAACACAUUACCCUUAUAACGUAAACGAAAUAACAAAUAAAUUAUGUUACUUAU